AUGAUAGAAUAAGAUGUUGAUCUGUAAUGUUCAAGAAAUCACAACUUACCAAUACAAAUGGUUGUAUUUGAUCCAAGUUUAAUUAAAAAUGAGAGAUUACUUUGUUCAAAUUGUUUAGAAGAUUUUGAAUCCAAUGUGAAAAUGGUUGGUUUAAAUAAGGUUUUAUAAAGUAUUGAUUACAAUCUGAUUAAAUAAAAUGAAUUUAAGGAAAAUUUAAUUUAAACAAACAUUGAAUAAGUUGAAAUAAUAUAGAGAAAUUUAAUUGAAAUAAAAUCUAACAUUCUUUAGACUCUUGAUCAAUUGAUUGGAAAUUGUGAGGAAUGGAUUAAAGUUCUUUAUGAGAUUGGAGCAUAAAACUAAACUUAUAGUUUUUUUGAAGAAUUAGAUCAUUUAAUCACAAAUUCUUAAAAAAAUGAAUAUAAUGAAGUUAUUCUUAAAGAGAUCAAAUCAAUUAAUUUAUCUUGGAUAAUUAAAACAACUACGAAGGUGUAGUAUUUGAAUAACAAGAAUAAAUAAUUAAUUAUAGAUCUAAAAUAAAAAAUAUAGAGUGUUGUUAAUAAGCAUUAAAAAUAGAUUAAAUAAUUAAAAAAUGAUCCCAUCAAUUUAAAAUUAGUGAAUAAUAAUAAUAAUUAAUAUGAUGAUUGUUUUGCAAUUUCAUUUAAUAAUGAUGGAUCGUAAAAUGAAAGAAGUUUUAAAAUUGAAAGGACAUACAGAUGCUAUUCGAUGUCUUACCUUUACUAAUUCAAUGAAUAGUAUCAUAUGUGGUUCUGGAGAUUCCUCAAUAAGAUGUUGGAAAUAACUUAAUUUUAAAUAAUGGAAAUCUACUUAAGCGUAUACAGAUCAUACUGAUUAGAUUGAGUGUAUAUUAUUGA